UUAAACUUCGACAAUUCGAGGGAGAGAAUCAAUAAUUAAGAAAAAAGAAUGGAGUAGAAAUUACAAUUUCGCUUCUCUGAUUUCGACUUUGAUUUCAAUUUCAGUUGCUGCAGAUAAUUUUAUAGUGUCAGUUUGAGUUUGAUUUUGUAUUUCCAGUUUUUAGAUUUUGUUGAUUGAUUGAUUUCUUUUUUUUCUUUUUCUUGUUUUGGACUUUCCAAAGUCAGACGUAAAAAUUAAAAUUCGUGAUAUCUUAAGAGAGAUCUAAACCUGAUUCGGAUUGUUGAUUUUUUGGAGUUCGAUUGACGUUUGUUUACGAUUGUUGUGAAUUUCUUAUCUCCAGAUUAUAGAAAUGAACGAGCAAGCAACAAUGAUGAAUCCGCAACAGAAGCAGCAAAUGAUGAAUGCGAAUCAAAAUCAGAUGAUUAAUAUGAGUCAAAUGAAUCAGCCGCAGCAACAAUCUCGUUCCCAGGUGAUAAAUCGGAGCUACGGGAUGUGGGCCCCGCCUAUGCAGCCACAACUGCAAUUCCAAAACCCUAACGCUAACGGUCUUUCCGGCAGGAAACAGCCCUCGUUGCCUUUUGGCAAGUCAUCUAAGCCGUUGGGCCCAAGGAACAACUGGAAGGGGAAAAAUGUGAAGAAUGAUAAGCGGAGGAUGGAGCAGCAGAAAGUCCUAAUGGCCGGCUCUAGCACUGGGGCGCCUGGUGGUGGUAUUAGUAUCAGUGGGAAUUUAAAUUUUAAUAACUAUAACCCGCCCACUGUAAAUGAGUUACAGCAUCAGAAUCGAUUGAAGACGAGAAAAUUCUUUUCGAAAAAGAAGUUCAACAAGAAUAGCAUGAAUACAAAUAUGGGUAAUAAUAAGAACAAUAGUAGGUCUGCUCCCUUUGCACCCAGAAACACUAGUUCCUAUAUAAUUAGGGCAAAGAAGAGUGGUGGGAUUGCAUCUUUGGUUUCUCCGUGCCCUGUGACACCUGCGGUUCUGCCUACCCCGAUUUUUUCCCCAUCAAGGGAGGUUUUCGUGGAUAUGGCCAAGGAAGAGUGGGGUGUCAAUGGGUAUGGAUCAAUGAAAGGGUUGAUUAGAUUGAGAUCACCUGGGCAUGAAUUGGAUGGUCAUGAGGAUGAGGAGGAAGAUGAUGGAGGUUCUAGCGAAAGUGAUGUGGAGGAGCAUGUUGAGAUGGAAAGGAGAUUGGACCAUGACUUGAGCCGGUUUGAGAUGAUUUAUAAUCCAAACGGCAUAAAUGUUGGUGGGAUGGAGUACCACAAUGUGUUGGAGAAUCGAGUUGAUGAUCAGGACACACAUAUUGCACAGUUGGAGGAGGAGAAUCUGAUUCUGAAGGAGAGGUUGUUUCUGAUGGAGAGAGAGUUUGCGGAAUUGAGGAGGAGGUUGCAGGGUCUUGAGAGGAGAAGGGGACUUGGAGAACGUGAGGACAUCAAUGAGGAGCUUGUGGAGAAUGACUCUGAGAAUGAGAGUGUGAGUCAUGGUGAAGAAACCCAUUCCACGGAAGAGAACAAUGACGAUUUAGGUGAAGAAAAUGUUGUAGGAGAUGGAGAUUUCAAUGGGAAAGAUGUGGAUAAUCGUGGUUAUGUGGGUAUAGAAGCAGAAGCUGUGCAUGAUCAAAAUGUUAUAUUAGACAUUGAAGUGAAAGUAGAGAAUAAUGAUGAUGGAUUUAUUGAUGCUGAUAAAAAUGAGAACAUAGAAAAUGCUAAUGGCAAAGAAGAUAAAAACGGUGAUGAGUUUGCUGAAGAAAGUAAAACUGAGGAGAACAUUGUAAGCGUUGAAGAAGAAGAAGAGAAUGACAUUGAAAAGAACAAUUAUGUUGAUGAGGAGGUGAAGGUUGAGAAUAAUGUUAUUGGUGCAUCUGAGCAUAAAACAGUAGGUGUAAAUGUUUGUAUGGAAGAGGUUGGGCAUGUAGAGGAUAAAGCAAUUUCGGAGAAGUGUCUUGAGAAUUGAGUCCUCAGCAAGUAGUGGGUAUUAGAACAUACAAGCUUCUGAGUAGAUAGUCCAUAAAUUUCUACAUUCUUAGUCUAUCAAGUAAAAAGAACUGGUUCUUAUUUGUUUUCAUAUUGCUCAAGUCUUGUGGUGGAUAGUCUUUCCUUAGAUUUUUCUUCAGUUUUUAUUUGUCUCUAUUUUUGGGUGCUGUGGGGGCUGUUAUAAGUUCUAGACAGAAUGACCAUGUCACCAUGAAGAUCUCUGUUGAAGACAUAAAAUGUGUACUCUCCUUGGUACUGAAUCUUGGAAUUUGAAGCUUAAAAUUGUGAUAACAGUGUUAUUUCUGUAUCUAUAAUGCUGUACAAUUUGUAGUAUUUAUUGAUAUUGCACGUGUUCAUAUCACCGGUAUGAAUUCCCAAGAAUGUGAUAUAUUUUUAGGUUUAUGAAUUCCCGAGGAUGUUAUUUUUA